GUGUCUAAUACGAAUAAUUCGCAAUUCAAGCAAAUAAUAUUUCCACAUUUAAGAUGUACUAAUAGAGUAUGAUGCGCUCUAACCAAAUUGGACAGAAUAUAUCAUGGCCUUCGUAUAAGUCAUUAUAACCCCACACUACCCCGCAUUACUCGUCUACUCCGCAUGUUCAAUAGGCUAAAUAAAAGUUUUAGGGGAAGAUUGUCUACCGUAUCUGGUCGGCAUAGGAUCGCAUGAUUCUCGCCAUUUCGGUAUGUUGAUCCGCCGUCGAGGUUUCAUUCAAGGGACUGGAAUAGCAAAUAGAUGAGCAGAUCGCGAAAACCCCCAGCUAGAUAGCAGUUUGUGAAACAGUCAGUAUGUGCGCACUGCGGAGUCAUUCGGAUUCUCAGCCAAAAUUAGCAAUAAUGCAUGCUGAAUGGGAAUCCAUUCGUGACUCAUUCUGUUCUAACAAUGCUGAGCCCGAUAAACCCACGGAAUUAACAACGCUACCACUGCUACCACUGCUACAAUUGCUAUCACCCAUGCGCCGAUAUCUGCCACCGCUGUUAUGAUAAUCAGUACGGUCUGGUUCUUGCUGGCCUUUCCAACUUUCCUGCCGCUGGCAAAUGCGGGAGAAUUGAUCAAUAGAAAACAAGUUGUCGAGGCCUUCAACCCUCGACGUAAUGCAAGCUCCAGGAUUACACUGCAGGUUGGCAACGGCAACUUUGCUUUUGGGGUCGAUGUAACUGGCUUGCAAACUUUCACUUCAUUUGCGACUCUCUCUAGCUGGGGAUGGCAUAACUUCAGUUUACCGACUGCAGCUAACCAGACUUCCAUAGACGACUUCACGAGAUUGGAUUACUCGACUCAUGGACGUCUCGUUAAUUACGAGAUCCAGAAUCCAGCCGAGUCAAAUAUUUCGGACUGGCUUGUUAAUAAUCCCCAGAGAAUAAAUCUGGGAACUAUUGGAUUCUCUGCAAUCAAUGAAGGCACACUUUCUCAGAAAAUCCAGUUUUUAGACCUUUGGACAGGAAAGAUUUCGUCCUCGUUUGCAUUGAAUGGUUCAAAUGUCAAUGUAACCACUUGGUGCGAUCCAGAUUUUGAUACGCUGGCCAUCCAAAUUCAUUCCUCGCUGUUGUCAGCCGGAGAGUUGGGGAUCUUCUUUGAUUACCCCUACCCCGAUAUCACCAAGUUCGAUUCGCCUUCGGUCGGAGUUUUUAACGCGGUUACGAAACACGAUACGAAAUUUUCAACGAAAAUUGGAGCCGCCGUCGUAAUCCAGCACAAUAUAGACAAUACCACAUACUUUAACUCGAUCACUUGGAACGGUGAUGGCCAAGUCAUCGGCCCGCUUCCUGAUACCCAUCGUUACAUACUCGGCUGUGCAAACGGAGUAACCCAGGCGCAACUUACCGCACAGUUCUCCCCAUCCUUCAUGGCGGGAGAAAAAGACUACUCCUCCAUUGCCAACGCGUCCAUCACAUGGUGGGAAUCUUACUGGCAGGACGGAGCUUUCAUUGACUUGACUGGAUCAUCAUCGAGUAAAGCCAAAGAGCUUUAG